AUGGUCUCGCCAAUCACCUGGCUGUGGUCAAUGUUGUCUUUGGUGGUGGCCACCAUCUGUACCUCCAGCCUUUUCCAGCCGUUCUGGUUCCUAAACCUUGAUUUUACUCACUCGUUCGGAAUGUUGGCCUACUGCCAUUUAGAUCAAACUACAAACUCAGAUUAUCUGCAGCAAAUCCCACAAUGUGCCUCUCCUGGACUUCAUGUGUCUUCUACGGUUCCCAGGACACUUACCAUCCCUGUGACCUCUGCCUCUCCUGAGAGCCCUUCGUCGCCUACUGUCUCCAAAUCUUUUGCUCAUCCUGGGACUUCUGUUACUCCUGUGGCACUUGUAGCCCACACCAUUCACUCCAUGCCAGUGUGUCAUAACUACGGCGGCGUGAUGUUACUGGUCUGUUUACUGGUCGCCGGCCUUUUACUCUACCCCAUCGUCCUGUCUUCCGCUUUCUCCGAGUUCCACUGCGGACGACCGAGCGGCGGCAGCUACUUCUGGUCCGGAGACUGCCACAUGGGAUGGAGCUACAUGUUAGCAAUCACGGGAACCAGCCUGUCCGUCUUCUGCCCCUUCCUCUCCCGCUACACUGACAUGAAGGUCGACGAAGUGAACCCCUUUCAACAAAUUACCCAUGUGUAAAGGGACUUGGUGGGGGUUCCUAAAGCUGAAUACCACGUUUGUGUGUGUGUACAGGGUGUCCAUAUAUUAUCUUUACAACUUCCACAUUUCAAAACUUCCAAUUGUAAAGGUAAUUUAUAGAGACUCUGUAUAUCUAUGUAUACAUAUAUACAUAAAUACAUACAUACACACAUACAUACACACACAUACACAUACAUACAUACAUACAUACUACAUACAUACACACACACACAUACAUACAUACAUACAUACAUAUAUGCAUACAUACAUACAUAAAUACAUACAUACAUACAUACAUACAUACAUACAUACAUACAUACAUACAUACCCUGUUGUUGAUGUUGAAACCUGUUCUUUCUCUAUUGGCAAGAAAUUUUGAAAUAAACUGAAUAAUGACAUACAUACAUACAUAAAGAAAAUACCAACAGACAGAGUUGACCAUAUUGAGACCAAUGGGUCCAAAGAAUACUGGUGGGACUCAGAAACUGAAAUAGCCACCAAGUUAAACCACAACCGGUCAGAUAUUGUUGUAUGGGAACACAAGGAAAAGCUAUGUUCUGUUGUGGAAAUCAGCUACCCUCUGGACACGAAUGUGGUUAGAAAAAUACAAAAGAAAGAGACCAUCUAUGGACCAUUGAUGAGGUGUUUGCUGAUCCAGUACCCAAGAUGCACUUUCAGCUUCAUACCUAUUAUUAUUGGAGUAACAGAAUACAAACCGACCUGUCUGGAGCAAAGAAUGGCUCAGCUUGGGAUCUUGGGUAGGGAAUGCAAUUCCUUAAUUCAUAUGCUACAAGUGAUCGUGAUAUCCAGGGCUAUAAAAAUCUCUAAGACCUUUUUAAGAUUUAAAGGAGGAUGGUUUAAACAAGAUAUUUUUAUUCACAACCUUGCUACCAAGUCGGGGGCCAGUCAAAAUUUAGUCUAAAUUAAAAAAGAGAAAGAGAAGAUAUACAUAUUCAUACAUAAACUGCAAAUUAUCAUAUCUGGAAACAUAAAAAUCUGCAAGACUUUCUUAAAAUUUAAAGGUUGAUGGUUAAAACAAAAUACUUUCCUUCACAACCUUGCUACCAAGUCGGGGGCCAGUCAAAAUUUAGUCAAUUAAAAAAGAGAAAGAGAAGAUAUACAUAUUCAUACAUAAACUACAAAUUAUCAUAUCUGGAAACAUAAAAAUCUGCAAGACUUUCUUAAAAUUAAAAGGAUGAUGGUUAAAACAAAGUACUUUCCUUCACAACCUUGUUAAGCAUUGGUUGACUGGUCAGAAUUUACUCCAAAUUUUAAAAGAAAAAAGAGAAAAAUUUAAAAAAUAUAUAUAUAUAUAUAUAUAUAUAUAUAUAUAUAAACAAAGAAGGUGGAACCCUUGGAGUGCCAUGAUGUCACCAAAAGUGUAGAUUGUGUCACAUUUCUGUGGUCAACAGCUGCCCAGAAAUGUCAUCAAGGUACUACUGGCUCACUGGGGAGGGAAUGCAAAUCCUUAAUUCAUAUGCUACAAACAAUCACAAUAUCUGGAAGUAUAAAAACCUGCAACACCUUCCUACGACUUAGAAGAUGAUGAACAAAACAACAUACUUUUCUCCACAACCUUGCCACCAAGCACGUGGCCAGCCAAAAUUUACUCUCAAUUAAAAAGAGAAAGAAAAGAUACAUACAUACAUGUGUGUGUAAAUGUUGAUCAAUGAGAGUGAGUGUUUAACACUGCAUUGUUGGAUACAAAUUCUUUAUUUGUGCUUUGCGACUACCAUUGGUUUCAUGUCAAGAAAAUACAUUGAUACAAAGAUACAUACAUACAUACAUACAUACAUGAUGGCUGUCCACUCGUGACCGAGGAAGACCAUUGCCGACCUUCAGGAACAAUUGUGCGCUCUAGGACUAACUUAUAUUUUGCAUUUGCGGCUCCGUUGGUGGCUAAUGAGCCCUGCUCUUGACAAGCAUACAUGAGUGCAAACAUUGCAGACCAAGCUUUACCCAUUCACUAUACGAGCCGUGCGCUUUCACGCAGCUUGCUUAAGUACAUACAUACAUACAUAUCUGGGACUAUAAAAAUGUGCAAGAUCUUUUGAGAUUUAAAGCAUGAUGAACAAAACAAGAUAGCUUUCUUCAUAACUUUGCUCCCAAGAAAGUGGCCAAUUAAAAUUUGCUCUAAAAUUAAAAACAGAAAGAGAACAACUUACAUAUUUGAAUACAAGACUUAGCCUUACCUUUCUAAAUAACAAUGUUGCCAAGACAAUUUUCAGUUGUAUCUCCAGAUAGAUAUAUCCUGACAAGGACACAGAAUGGAACAGGCACACACCUUUAGAGAUGAAGAAUAUAGGUGGAAUAUUCCAGCAAAGACAGUAGUAGCCCAGUGAAAGUAGAAGAGUUGGCAUUGUUCUAUAGGACAAAGGCUGAGUGGUGAAGAAGUUCGCUUUGGGUUCAGUCCCACGAUGUGGAACCUAGGGUAUAUGUCUUCUACACUAACCUUUAGGCCAACAAAUGCUUUCAGGGAGACAAAAUUUCCAUUCACUGGGCCCCAUUGUUUGAAAGCUCACAGAGUACAUUUAGGAAAAAGCAAAACUCCAAAGUCAUAACCUACUUAAUUAUGUUAUCUUACACAUGUUUCUGUGAAGAUUAUGAUUGAAUUACACAAUCUUGUCUGUUAAAUUUUUGAAAUUCAUACUUCAUCAGUGGUUCAUGUAAGUCUGAACAAACUCUGUGAAGUUUGGUCUUCAUUGUUAGAAAGACCACAGAGUACAUAAAAGUAAAAGCAAAACUCCAGAGUCACGAUCCAUAUAAUUAUGUUAUCUUACAUGUCUCUGUGAAGAUUACAAUUGAAUUAUGCAAUCUUCACCUGGUAGAUUUUCUAAACGCACACUUCGUCAGAGAUUCAUAUUAGUAUGAACAUUCGCUAUGUUCUUUGUAAUAAUGCAGACCAAUGAAUGGAAACUUGGACAAUAAUACAAGAGUUCUCUUUGCAGUUUUCUCUUUCAGUAUACCAGGAUACACAGAGUUCUAAAUACUGGUUAUAUGUCAUGUAAUUUCAAUUUAAAUUGCACUAUGUAAGAUUUUCUGCUUGACAUAACAUAAUAUGCCUGAUGGUUUGGGUAAACAUGGCCUCUAAAUUUAUUUUAAAUUAAUUUAAUUUAAUUAUGUACCACAAUUAUUUAAUUAUAGAAUCAAUGAUGUUUAUCCUAAUGAAACAGCUGUUGACACCAAUAAAAUUUGAA